AUGUUUUCUAUGGAGAAACGUUCAGGGCGCAGUGGGUCCGGGACGUCUGAAGAAUCUGAGAUGAACGGUGGUGGAGGGUUGGUGGUGGAAGGUGUGCCUUCAGAUGAGUUUUAUUCGGCUGUCGCGGCUGUCUCUAAUGAAAUUGGAGAUAUUUUGAAAGAUGAACUGGGUGAUGCGGACCGGGCGGAUCGCAUCGGCGCAGAGUUAGCCGAUUUGAGUGCCGAGCUUGGCCUAUUAGCUGGUCUUGCUGACGGUGAGCCACAACCAGACAUCCCGUCGCUCUUCGAAUUCGCUAUGGCGCACCGGAGCUCAGGCAGUGGUUCCUCGUCGUCAUCGUGGUCGGGUCGGCGACAAUCCGGAAGGCCGCGAGCGCCCCCACGUAGACGUCCCAUCGCCAAGGGCAAGGAGGCGUCCCGACGUAGGAGCGCGAUGGCUCGUCGAGCAGCAUUGCGCGCCCGAAGGGCCCCCCCCUCAGAUGCGUCUGACGUCGGCGCAGACUCCGAUUCAGACGACCAGUGGACGGAGUUGGAUGAUGCUUCUGGGCUAUCCGACACGUCAUCUGGGAAGGAGGCGGCUGGCGUUGGCGAUGUGGACUGCAGCGACUACCACAAGGAACCGGCGGAAGCUCCAGCGCUGGGUCAGUUCCUGCUCCCGCUGUUGAGUGCGGGGCCAGCUCCUCCAGAUCCCGAUCACUUUCUGAUCCGCCACGAGGAUAUUUUGCAGCUUCUGGCCUCUGCGGAAGAAAGUGUAAGGGACGAGCUUCCUCUAGAGGAUGAUGAAGCCGCGCUAGAUUCACAGCCUGACAUGUUGCCAAGCAGUGAUAUGUUUAUUUGUGAGGAAGCAGCGGUAACUCCAGAGGAAGAAGCAGCGUUAUUGCACUAUGUCUGCGAAGCGGAGCGUGUUGCUUGCGAGACCGGCGUGGCGGUGGAGGCUGAUGCGAGUAGGUUCCAUCCCGUGGAGGAGUGGCUGUUGGGCAUCUACAGAUCCUGGUGCGAGAUCAGCGCGCUCAUGUACACCCUCAUCGGCACCGAGAUGAGUGUGGAGACGGUCCGUUCAGAGUGGUGGUACCGCGCGUCGUUCGGGUGUCACUGCCGGCUGUGCCUGUGCCUGGCCGACAACGCGGCCGCGCUGCACGCCUUCCUGCGUGGGCUCGUGUGGGCGCUCGCGCACGGUGGGAAUACCAAUGCGGCUGCGGGUAUAAUGCGGGCGCUUCGGUUGCGAGCGGGGUCUGCGAGUCGAGUCUCUGAAUGGGACCUGCCUCGAUUACAGCGACUGAACUUCGGCGAGGACGGUGCGGCCAUUGUCCACGAGCAGCUGAACCGACUGUCACAGCAGAGCGACAUCGCUGGUCAGAUAGUACAUAAGAUAUGUCAGUGCCGGGAACACGAGCGCCCCUUCGAGAAGGAGUAUGCUGUGGAAAGAUUGUGCAAGAUUUUAGAGAAUUUUAAGACUGCUUCGACAAUCACUUUUAAGGUGGAGAUGCUGUGCGCGGAGCCGGAGUCGAGCGGGCACGGGCAGUGGGUGGCGCGCGCGCGGCGGCGGCUGGCGCGCUUCCUGGCGCCGCAGCAACGCGCCGCCACCAGCGUGCGCGCCUGCGCCGCAUGGCCGCUCGCACCGCGCCGCACGACCGUAACUGCACCACUUGCUCUGCAACAGUACUGUAGUGUCGCAGCUGGCGCGCUUCCUGGCGCCGCAGCAUGGCCGCCCGCAGCGCGCCGCACGAGCGGGCAUAGGCAGUGGGUGGCGCACGUGCUGCGGCUACUAAUGCGCUUCCUGGCGCCCACCACGCUACUGACUUCCAACAACACCAUAAUGCUCGGUGCCCUAACUGCAUGGGCGGGAUAUAAGCACCGGUGUGACUGUCUCAAUCCGAGAACUCUCUGCGCCCAACAACGGAAACAGCUGUUAAGUGACGUAUACUACAGGAUAUCCUUUUUCGGCAUGAUGCAGGCAGUCAAUGAGUUCAAUAGUGGCAAGAUGGAGACAGCUGGAGAUAAGUCACUUAGUGAUGGAGAACCCGAGACUUCUGGCAGAGAGUUACAGCAGGGCGACGGCACGGGAGCAAAGCCACCAGACACCGAGGGUCAGCCAACAUCCCUAGUGAAGAUCAGCGCUGAAAGAGAUCUCAGUGAUUCCAAUGGUGACUUGGAUGACUUGUCCGCGUCGGAGUCUUCUGGGUCGACGUCGGGGUCGGGGUCGGAUGUGGAGGGCGUGUCCACGGGCGGCGGUGGUGGAGGCGGCGGUGCGCGCGGGGGCGGGCUGUGCGGCGCGGUGCGGCGGCUGGUGCGCUCGAUCGCGGCCAUCGAGCGCCUCAUGGACCGCGUGCUGCGUCACUGCGCCGCCUGCCCGCCGCCCGCGCACCCCGACCACGAGCACAGAAAACGCGUAGACCUGGGCUUGUCUGAGGUGGAUCGGAAGCUAAUGGCGAUGUAUCGUCGCUUACCCGAGGUGCAUCGCAGGCAGCUGCAAGUGUACCGGAGACAGAAAAAACUGUCAACGGUGUGCACGCAGCUGGUGGGCGGGUGCGCGCCCGCGCCGCCACCGCCCGGCUCGCCGCCACCCGCGCCGCCGCACCAGCCUUGCCGCGCGCUCUGCCCCGAGUACCACCUGCAGCGCUUCAAGGAGGUCCGACGUAAAGUGAUGCACAUGCGUGACCAGCAACUCUACUAUCACAGAUUAAGAAUGUGGCUUGAAGAUCAGCUCAGGCAAGAGAGAGAAAGUCUUCCAGAUAGCAAUGUAACAUUAGUAGAAGAUCUACCGCGACGCAAACGGAGGACAGCUAGCCCAAAAGUACCUCGUCUCACCACUGCACCUAAGCGAAAACUUAAGCCCGUCUCGCCGUCGAUAAGCAAACCACACAAAAUACUCCAAAUGCUAAAACAUAAAAUGCCAGUACAAAACAUGGAACUAUCACAGGAUUUGAAGGCAGAGUCAAAGGACGACGCAAAAUCAGAAGUAGAACCACCGGAAGCCUUCCCGUUAGAUAGAGAAGAAAAUAUCAGCGACACUGAAACAAUAGUGGGGGAGAAGGAUGGAGAUAUAUGUAAAGAAAUGAAAGAUUGUCUAGCCAAAUUCGCCAAUUUCGCUUUAAACAGCCAAGAAAACAAGGAAGCUACGAAGGAACAGGAAACGAAGUUUCCAGAGUCCGUCAGCCCACCGCUGCAAGAAAUGUCGCCCACGUCAUCCGAGCCAAUGCCAGUUUAUUCCCCCAAACCGAACCAACGAUUGCUAGUUGUCAAUAAAUUUUUACAAAGAAACGAUAUGAACGACAAAGUGAUAGAUUUCCAAUCGCAAAUAACGCCCGAGGUAUUGAAUAUUCCUUUGAACGCACGCCGUACUCCACUGUUAGUGAAAGAGGAGAGUGAAACUGAUAUAAAAGCAACCGACGCGGACAACUGCGAAAUUGUAGUCGAUUCUAAUAAAGAAAAAAACGUUUACAAAUACGUCACAUUCGGCUUGGAAAUAAAGAAAGCGAUGGAAGAGUGUCAGAAUAUAAUUAACUCUUACAACAGUAUUAAAGAUAAAGACGGGAAGGAGAAAGAAGAGACCCCAGACGGCCCCUUAUCCUUAGAGCACAUCUGUGAAGUGAUGAUGAGCUUAGAUAAGAACGCCGAGUUUUUAGAAAAGAUAGAUUCCGACGAAUCGAUAGACAUGGGUGCGGCGAACACGAAAUUAGCCGAAUUAGUAGAGAACAUGCCACAAAUAUUAGCGAACAUGCCCGAAAUUGCGUCGAAAUUGUCCGAAUUCGCGAACACGUCCUUUGAGCUCCCGGAAUUCGCGUCCAUCAUGAACAGCCUGCCCGAUGUAAAUAACGAAGCACAGCUGACACCGGAGACGUUGAAACAGAUCCGCGAACUAAAGUUGAAUAAGACAAGAGAUAGCGUUAAGGUCACUAAAAACACUGCCAAGCGUAAAAAUAACCGUAGGAUUAAGAAUAAUUUUGACAACAGCGAAGUUAUGGGUACAAUGACCUUCGAGUUAGAUAGUAAGGAUAUUUCGGAGUUGCUGAAAGACGAUAAAGACCUACAGGGUUUAAUGAAGAAUAAAACUAACAAUAAGGAAGAUUUUAAAGAUCUACUUUUUUCCAUAUCAGCUCAAGUUGUGAUAAACAAAGUGUUUGAAUAUGUUAAGCAAAACAAAAGUCCGGAGCUAGUUCAAUGUCUAGAGGAGGAUAGAGAUUUGUUCGGGAAAACCACUUUAACUCCGGAAAUGUAUACGAAAGAGUCUACACUAUUUGAUAAUUCAGUUAAAGACGCGCUCAGUAUGGACGAGUUGAGAGAACUAGUUAGGUCCAGGUUCAACUCCUGGAAGCAUUAUGUUGCGGCGAAAUUUAAAAGUAUACCCCUCGAGUUAUUAGAAAAUGAAAUAGAAACAAUGCUUGAUAAGUUCCAAUCUUACAUCCAAGAUCUAGCGGGAAAACAAUGUGCUAACGAUACCGAUAAAAUAACGGAAAAGAUUGAAGAAGUGAGAAAAAGCAUGGAAGGAGAAACUGACUCUGACAAUGAGAGUUGUGCCGCUUCUAAGGAAUCGCUAAAACAAAUAACGAAGUUACUCAGUCCACAGGCUGGAAACACUUUUGACUUGCUAAUCAUGAAAUUGUCCAAGAUGACGGAGGAUCAAAAGAACACAGUGAAAAGUUUAAAAUUUAAAUACAUUGACGUUGUUCGUCGUUGCAUUGAUUCGCAACAGCUGAUCAAUUGGAUUUUGUCGGAUCCCGAGACAGCGGCUGAUGUCAUUCUGGAACAUACAGGACUGCCGGCCAAAAAGCCUGACAGCGUUCCUGACUUUGCUGCCAUGAGUUUGGACAGAAAGAAGGACUAUUUCACACAGCGUUUGAGAGGAAUGAAUAGAAUUUUUAUGCAGACGUUGCCCAAGAAGGCGCUAACGGGUGACGAAUGGUUAGUUAUGUUGUACAGGUUAGAACAACUAGAGGAAUCCCUCAAGGAGACAUUCGCAAAGAUCUCACCUCCAGUUAGAGUUAAUUCACAGACUCAGAUCGCCAGUGAAGCGGAAAUCCUUGCCGCUAGAGGUCUUAGCAAAAUCAUCGGCAAAUCUAACGCUGUUCGAAACGCCAAAAAGACUAACGCUGAACCACUUAAACCGGUUAAAAAAGAGGAGAAAGCUUCUGAAGUAGUUGAAAUUAAAGAAAUACCCAAGGAAACCGACAAAGACGAUAGAAAGUGCAAAAAUGAUGCUCUGUUAGCUAAAUGCGAAGCUAUUCUAACUUCAAAAGGCGAAAAAACACUAUUAGAAAGUUUUUAUACCAUCAAAUCUUAUAUCACACAAGGUCUACCGGUUCCGGAAACGUACAAAAAACAUGUAAUCUCGAUAUGUUCUAGUAUAGAUGCAAAAUUACUUGACGAGGACAUCGAAGAAACGUUAAAACUAAAGACUGACGAUAAAAACGAUGACGGAGAUCCCGAGGUCUCUAAAGAUAAAACACCUUUAUCGGUAAUAGGGUCGCAGAAUCCGGAGUUACUUGCGAAGUACUCUGCACAGGCGUUAAGGAAUGCAAAGCAGACUUUAAACGCCGUUGCGUUUAGAAACAUGAUGCGGAAUGGACAGACGAAGUCUGAAAGCGACGCGUGUGACACACCGAAAAGUGACUGCAAGUGGACAAAUGACUGUAUUUGCAAUAGUUGCAAAAGUUCGGACGUUACCGGCCCGGUUUGCUUGGGGGACAUUGUUAAGCAGUGCUACGAUAUGGAAGCGAAGUCGAAGAAUGGCUUAGAAGAGAAGAAAAAGGAGGCGAAGCAAGCUAAACCGCUUCCGAAGCAAGCGAAGCCGGCGGCGAAGGUUUGCGAGAACGCUUCGCAUCAGCAGCACGUAUGUAAAGUGGGCCACAACGGUGGUAAUACCUGCGCAGGUGAAACGGUGUCGGACCAGCCUUGCUCGUGCUGCUACUGCACUGUUUUCGGACACGCGCCACCACUAACGACUCCCGUACCGAGAAAUUUCAACGAAACAAGAGAAAGACUUCGGUCCAUACUUAACAAAAAGAAGCAGAAAUGCAAAACUACAAAUGGCGAGGUACAGGAACCAGCGCAGGAAAGGAAGCAGGUGACAGUUCAGACGCAAACCACCGAAGCCGCUCCGCAGCAGACGAAGCAAGCGAAGCCGGUACAACCGCAACUAAAGCCACCGGCACUGCCGAAGACCCUACCACCGAACACAACAUCGACGCAGCCGCAACAGAAACGACCGAGUGUCGAUGAUCAACAGCGCCAGCUAGCGGACAAAAUGGCCAAGAUGACUGUCUCCGAGAAGCCGGACAGUAAGCCCAAGGCGGUACAACGGACUGUUCCCACGCAAGCCAACAUACCGUCCGGUUUGAAGGCGGAGGGCAAAGUCAACCCUAAUGCUAUGGAACAAAUUAGACUACAGCAAUUAAAACAACAGCAGCUGCAACAACAGCAGCUGCAACAACAGCAGCAGCAGCAACAACAGCAGCAGCAGCAACAGCAGUUACAUCAACAGCAGCAAGCUCAACAAAAGAAGCCAGAACCAAUAUACGACCUGCCGAUCCACAAUAAGCCGACUUUAACACCACAACAACAACAACAGAUCAGACAGCAACAAUUACAGCAGCAGCAACAAUUGCAUCUGCAGCACCAAAAAAUACAACAGCGACAACAUAUACAACAACAGCAGAUAUUACAACAUCAGCAGAAAUUGCAACAACAGAUUCAACAGCAACAGCAGCAGCAGCAUAUUCAACAACAGCAGCAACAGAUUCAACAACAACAAAGCAGCAGCAGCAGCAACAGAUUCAACAGCAGCAGCAGCAGCAGCAGCAACAGAUUCAACAACAGCAGCAGCAGCAGCAGAUUCAACAACAAGCAGCAGCAGCAGUUGCAACAGCAACAACAGUUGCAGCAACAGCAGCAGAUACCGCAGCAACAGCAAAGACAAGGACGACCUCAACAGCAAGGAGCCGCUGUCUCUCUUUCGAGUAGAGAUACUAGCGUGUUCUCCACCUCUUCUGGAUGUUCCGGUGGAUCGUUCUGGCGUUGCGGUCGAGCUGAGGACCCUCGGGACCUGGACGCUCUUCUGCAGUACAUAGAGGGACCGCAGAGACACGUAGAUCGAGGCAAGAAACGGGCCAAAAAGCAGAGGCAACGGGCUAAGCGGAUGGAGUCGCGGCUGCACGAGCAGUUCUGCAGCGUGGCGGGCGAGCUGUCGACGCUGCGCGCCGUGGCCGCCACGUUGCGCGACGCGCUGGACGCUUCCACGCGCCGCGCGCAGGAGGCCCGCGCCGCGCUCGCCAGCUACCGCGUCAAGAAGAAGGGUAAGAAGCAAAAACUGAAUCCAGCUGUACAGGCGAAGGUCCAGCUGCUGACGGAACAACUCACCAAGAUGAACACUUUCAUAAACACCACUGCGAAGGAGCUUCAAGCGGCGGAAAGACAAGUAGCAGAUGCAAGCCAUCGCUUGAAACAAUGCGAACGUGAACUGAACGAAGCUAGAGCGUUGCAGGGCAAGCCGGCAUGGCCCACAUACCAACGGACGCAAAACACCGAAGACCAGGGCAACAUAGACGCUCAGCAGCUGCAGCAGUUACGUUUGCAGCACUUCCUUGAGUUGGAGGACGCUGCUGCUCAAGCCUUGGGCGGGAGCGAGAGCGGGUCGGUGUCGGGUGGGGGCGCGGGCGACUGUGGGGGUGGUGACGGGGGUAGCGGCGGGGGCGGAGUGGUGCGCGUGCGGCGCGCGGGCAGCGGCGUCACGCUGUCUGUAGCCGGCCGCGCUGACGUGCCGCUGGCGCGCCUGUUGCACGCCGGGUUGAAUAAACUCGAAGAGCCGGCUCCGCAGCCGAAACAGGAGGCGCCACAACGCAAGCAAACUUGGGAGCAGGCGCUGGCGCACAUAAACCAACUGGCUAAAGGCAGCAAUAAGGACAAAGAAAAGCAGAAGAAACAAAAAGAAACGUUGCCUGCUAAGACUGAGGCGAAACAGGCAAAAGAGCAGCCAAAGUCUCAACCAGAUCCUGAACCUCAGACCCUGUCAAAGAAGCAGAGAAAGCUCCUGGCAAAGCAACAGGCGGAAGAAGAGGAGAGAAAGAGACAGCAACAACAGCAACAGGCAGAUGCUAAAAAGAAAGCGGACAAGAAAGCAGACCCACCGAAGCAGGACACUGUAAAUAAAAAGGCGGACAAAAAAGCGGAGGCAAGUAAGAAGGUAGAGGAGAAAACAAAGAAAAAGGAAGAGAAGAAAGAGUGUAAGAAAGAAGAGAAAGCAGCCGAGAAGAAAGGAAAGGAGAAUAAACAAGAAAAGAGUGCCCCACCGGCUACAGCAAAGACGAAACAACCCGUCCAGCAAACUCAACCGCAGCAGCAGAAUACCAGCAAGAAGGAGAAGAAGAAGGAGAAGGAGCAGCAGCAGCAACAGCAACAGAAGCCGCAGGUUAUCAACAUUACACCCGAUACCACCAUCGAAGUAGUCAGUAAGAAGAGCCCUUGCUCGAGCGAAAACGAUAAACCGCCAUCUUGUAGUAUAAUGGAACAGCUGAGCAGCGGUGUUCAGGUGGCGGACCUGAAGCUGCCUCCGGGCAUAACCCUAACCCGAGUUCAGCCCAACGAGAAAAAGGAAGCGCCACCCAUUAAGUCUGUGCCGCUGUGGCGAUGCUCGGCACUGGCGGCGACGCCCACGCCUGUGGCGCGACCCGCCCCCAUCAUCAACGCGCAGCCCGUCGCACCGGUAUACACUACGCCGCACGCAGAUCCACUAAAAACUAGCAUCCUACCCGAACCGCCACAGCCUCAAUCACAGACAACCGGCAAGUCGAAAAAGGCCAAGAAGAAGGCGAAAAAAGCCGCCGCAGCCGCCGCUGAAACAACUGACGCCAAGCAAGAUGGUGCUAAGAUGGUCACUCUUAGGAACCCAAUGUUCCAUCCAAACCUACCCCCUGUGCAAAUAACGAACGCCCCGGCAGCGCAAAAGAAGGCCGAGAUACGAAUCCCGGACCCGAUCCCGAUGCCGCCCACCGCAUGUCAAGCUACCAUUACGCCGACAUCUAACGGAAUGUAUACUAUACGCAACCCCCUAAUGUCCAUGAUGCAUCAGCAGAGCCUGAUGGGCCUGAGGAACCCUAGCGCACCUGUGAACCCCAUUAACCCGCUCUUCAACCAACCCCAAUACACCUACGUCAAUCCGAAUGUAUACAACCCAGUCCAGAGCGUCCCAACACAGACUUACGUUCUAGACCCAUCCAGAAAUUCUCCUAAAAACCCUGAAAACGACUUUCAAAACAGGAUAAUGAACCUAGCCUCGUUCACGCAGAAGAAUGAAGAAGGUUAUUCCCUGUUCAAGACACCCGAGGACAAUCAGCAGAGAAACUUCCUGGCUCCAGAGUACUAUGUCGAUGAUGCAGUACCAAAACCGGUGGUGUCACCAAAUCCGAUCGGCACCAGGCCUAACGCCGACACCAAUAGAACUUUCGAGAGCGAGUCUCUUUUCGCGAACCCGAUACAAAGGCCUGAACCCAUCGGAACUCCACUAAGAAGAGAUGAAGGAAGUGAAUUUAGUGGGAGUCUGUACACUCCAUUUGGUCAAGAGGAUAGGAAUGUGUUUAGAAAUGCACUGUUUAAUGAUAAAAGUGAAGUUGGUGCUAGUAGUGUGUGUAAAACUGAGGACACUGGUGUGAACCACAUUUCCAACGGUGAUCCGUUGCCAUACUUUCAACGUCUGCGGGUCGGCUCAAAGCUAAACAACGAAGUAACCAUCCAUCAUGUCACGGAGUCCAAGUUCUAUAAGGGGCAGGAGGGCCCACAGUCAGUAGACGGGAUCACGGACGAGUCGUUGUUCUCUAGACCCUCACCUCCAUGGCCCGACACCUUAUACCAGAAGACCAACAGUCACAAUCAUAAUGCUGAACUUAUCUAA